AUGACGACGGGAACCAAAAUUAUCGACAUUCGUGUCGACACUGCCCUAUCCGAUAUCGUGGCUGACAUCAAGACGGGUCUCCGGCCUCAGGAUGGUGGCGAGAAGAAGCUCCCUACUCUACUGCUCUACUCCGAGACCGGAUUGAAGUUGUUUGAGAAGAUAACGUAUCUUGAGGAGGCGAUCGAUCGUCUUGGCAAAGAUGUUGAGUACUAUGCUGUCGAUUUGUCUCUGCCCGAACUCGAGAGGACAUUUGGUCAAAUCCCAACAGGUAAGCCCAUCCAUCUUCUGUGGCACGGUAUUAUGUACGCUGAUAAGGUUGCAGAUGGCUACAAGCACGUAAGGUGUUUCGGUUUACACGGCACCUACGACAAUGCUCUUGAUUGGCUCAAGUCAUCCGAUAUUAAAGAUAAACCUAAGACGAUCCUGUGGCUCGGGUCGAGUCUAGGCAACUUCAAACGCCACGAAGUGCCUCCAUUCCUAACCGGUUUCGGGAACGCUAUGCAGGCCGGUGAUACAAUGCUGAUCGGCAUCGACUCAUGCAAGGACGCAGAUCGUGUAUAUCACGCUUACAACGACCGCGAGAACGUCACUCACGACUUCAUCCUCAACGGCCUCAGACACGCCAACGAAAUCAUGAACGAGACAGUCUUCAACAUGGACGACUGGGAGGCUAUUGGUGAAUACGACAAGAAGGAAGGAAGGCACCAUGCCUUUGUCUCGCCACGCAAGGACGUCGUGGUUGACGGGGUGCACAUUCCACGUGGCGAGAGGAUACGCAUCGAAGAAAGCUACAAAUACUCGCGCGACGAGAUACUUCAGCUUUGGGAGGAUGCUAGACUUGCUGCUAACACAGUCUGGUCCACCGCCAGAGGUGACUACGGCCUCCACUUCGUAUCUAAGCCUGUCGUCUUCUUCCCCACGAAACCUGAAGAAUAUGCUGCAAAGCCUGUCCCGUCUCUUGCAGAGUGGAAAGAGUUGUGGGCUACUUGGGAUGCCGUCACGAAGCAGAUGAUUCCUGAAGAUGAGCUGCUCAACAAGCCCAUCAAGUUGCGCAACGAAUGCAUUUUCUACCUCGGCCAUAUCCCAACGUUCCUUGACAUCCAUCUUGCUCGCGGCACAGAUGGACCGCCGUCGAAGCCUGUGUGGUUCCGAGAUAUCUUUGAACGUGGAAUCGAUCCUGACGUUGAGGAUCCCACAAAAUGUCAUGAACACUCGAAAGUUCCUGAAUCAUGGCCGCCAUUAAACGACAUUCUCAAAUUCCAGCAGACAGUACGCGAAAGGGCCGAGGAGCUCUACACCUCUGGCCAGGCCGAUGACAAUCCUCGAGUGUCCCGAGCUUUGUGGAUCGGAUUCGAGCACGAAGCGAUGCAUCUAGAGACACUUUUGUACAUGCUCGUGCAGAGCGAAAACGUGUUGCCGCCUCCUGGCGUCGUCAAACCCGACUUUGAGGCACUCGCCAAGACAUCAGCAACAAAUGCCGUUGAAAACCAGUGGUUUACUGUCCCUGACGCUGACAUUGAGAUUGGCCUCCGUGAUCCACAGAAAGACGCGACCACCAAGCGCUACUUUGGCUGGGAUGCUGAAAAGCCGCCACGCGCAGCACACGUAAAGUCUUUCAGUGCAAAGGCGCGACCCAUUACCAACGGAGAGUUUGCGAAAUACCUUGUUGAGACCGGGAAGUCAGCACUUCCCGCAUCGUGGAGUGAGCACCCCUACUCCAACGACAAGGUCGCGAGCAAUGGUAAGAGAGACAGCGUUCUCAACGGGCACAACAACAGAGCGAAUGGCACCAAUGGCACCAACGGCACCAACGGCACCUCCCCGAAGCUUAUCGACGGCAAGUAUGUACGUACUGUAUACGGCACGGUGCCUCUUCGGUAUGCUCUGGACUGGCCUGUCAUGGCGUCGUACGACGAGCUGGCCGGCUGCGCACAAUGGAUGGGCGGCCGCAUCCCUACUAUGGAAGAAGCGCGCAGCAUUUACAGUUACGUUGAUUCGUUGAAUGCUCCAGAAGUCGAGCAGUCGCUCGGCAACACCAUCCCCGCAGUAAACGGACAUCUUAUCAACAACGGCGUGGAUGAGUCCCCGCCAUCUCAGCCUUCGUCUAAUGGCGCCUCUGGCGCAGUAUCUGGACUGAACCCACGCGAUCUCUUCCUCAACCUUGAAGGGACUAAUGUGGGCUUCAAGCACUGGCAUCCAGUCUCAGUGGCCGACAAGGGCAAUAAGCUCUGCGGCCAGUCUGAUUUGGGUGGUGUUUGGGAGUGGACCAGUACUGUGUUGGAGAAGCAUGAAGGAUUUGAGCCCAUGGAGCUGUACCCGGGUUACACAGCGGACUUCUUCGAUGGCAAACAUAACAUCACGCUUGGCGGAUCGUGGGCAACGCACCCUCGGCUGGCCGGACGGAAGACUUUGGUCGUGGGGGGCGGACGUCCGUCGGUCACUCGCUCGAUUUGGCACCAGUCAAACCGACAGAGCCAGUUCUCGCAGAUGCACCCUCCCGCGACACUUCCUCACCGCACAUUGACCCAGUCGGACGGUGAACCGAUUAUGAAUGCCAUCAUUGCGGCUUCUGCGAGAGACCCCUUAGUCAUCCAGGAGCUCGGUCGUCCUGCUUCGGCACCCAUUCUGGUAUGUAUCGCCAAUUUCAUGGACACGAUGAGCAGGAUCCGCGAUGUAUACGAGAGCUGCGGUCUAGAAGACUGGAUCAUCGCACCUGCGGAGCCCGAGGAGCGCGGCAGAAUACGCGGUCAUGAUCCUGGUGAGACCGAUGGCGAUGACCAAGAGCGCAGUGUUUCGACGGAAGAUACUGCAGUCACUUCGAAACGCGAGAAGAAAGACGCAAAAGCCCUGGCUCGAGCAGCAAGUAGAACCCGAUUCAUCAGCCAAGAAGAGAUCAACCACGUUGACUCUGUUAUCCACUCGGCAGAGGGCUUUGCAGUUGGUGACGAUGGCCCGCACAACACCGAAGAGAUGGACGAGAUUGAACGCCAUCUCAAGUACAACGCCAACGUGUACAACUCUCAGCCCGAUCGCCGCGAGCUCAAGAAGUAUGCCCGUCUUGCAGACGUGGAUGUCGACUUUGACGCUGAGAUCGAGCGUAUCUUGGAGGCCUUCCGUGUCGCCGAUCUUCUUAAGAGCAAUACUCGGAACCGCGGCUUACAGGGCAAAGAGCUCAAGACAUUCCAGACUGUUGUAGAGGAUCUGAAGAAGUCUGUCGUUAACGAUCUUGUGCUAGUCAAGCGGGAUGCCCUUGAGACGAGAAUGCGACGAGCUGGCUAUCUCCGCUACACGAACAAGACCGCUCACAGCAUCGUAGAGGAUAGGUACAACUACAAAAACUGGAAGACGGGCGAGAAUGGUGAUGAUGGCUUGGGCCAGAACGUCAUCGAGCCGUACCAUGCCCCGUUGCUAUCAAUGGAUGCCACGCCUGCAUCCAGGAAGCCAGCUGUACAGCUUAAACUGGUUGCUCCGGGUACCAUGACUAGCAAGGCUACACAGAAGAAAGUGCCACAGGCAAACAACGGGGCAUGGGCGACUGUCCUGAGUGGGAAGAAACCUAAGACGCCUUCGGUCAAGCCAGUUUGGGGUAUGACUGCGGCAGGUCGCCCUGUCCAACCCACUUCGCGACCUGUCAAUCCCUGGGGUCCUGAUGCCUGUGAGAUCCCCGACCUGCGUUCUUUCAGGUCCUCAUCGGUACAGCUAGCAGACUCUUCCUUGGUCACGGCAUCAAAAGGUCCGGAGAGCUUCGUCGUUCCCAGUGAGACGCCAGCCAAUGUGUCACCAGCAGGCCAUGCUAUCGUAUCACAGAAGAAAGCAAAAAAGUAUGAGCGUGAGGCACGGCGUAAGGCAAAGAAGUUGGUUGUGGACGAGGAUGCGGAUGUUGCUCUUGAUAUUACCACUGCGGACCACGACACCAUCGUCGAAGCCGAUCAUCCCCGAGAGCUCGAUGCUAGCGCGAAUCCGGGUGACUCACUCAUCACCAAAGAGGUGCUGAACCCGCUACUGGAGGGCUCCUUGUUCAAGAUGCCAGCUGAGGAUGCGACAAUCGUAGCUACGGACGAGCCCGAGCCUGAGCCUUGCGUAGCGCCACUAGUGACCACAUCACCACCUCCUCCUCUUACCGUGCACAACAGCAAGCAUUCACACUGGAAGAGGUUUGAGCGUCAAUUCACUGUCGACCAGCUCGCAGAACCCUUCCUCUCUGGGGAUUCAGGGUGCGCACACCUCAAUACGUGCGUUUAUGAGACCAGCGGUGAGGUCGAUUGUCCGUAUCACAAGCCACAUUGCUCUUGUGUCGAUCCUUUCUUUGAUGAAUGCUGUCUGUCGUAUCCUGGCGAGGAGUUCCUCUUCUCCGGUCCCUUCAACCGCCUCCGUGCCGAGAAGCUAUUGACCAUGUAUCAAGAAGAGGAGCACUUCACGAACCGCAUCAUGCUAGUGGACUAUGAUAUUAUGGAUUACCUACAGUUGGACUCUGUGACGCGCAUGUUCGAUAAAUCGCGAAUUCCCAAGCGCCUAGCUUACGAGUACGAGGACUUCGCCGAUGGCUACAGCCCUGGUCGGCUGAUGAAGCAGGAGGAGCUCUUCGAGCGACUACGUAGUAAGAACAAGCUUCUCAAGCAUAAGAUCACCCAAGAGAUGCUCGGCAAGGUUGCGAGGGAGAGGUUCGAGCGAAAAGAUCAACCUUUCAUGUGCUACUGCCACGUCAUCAUCCCCGAGGAGGGUCUUCCAAAGGGCGCGGUCGAGUGCGCUCAUCGGGGCUGUUCGAUGAAGUAUUUUCACAAGGCUUGCGUCAAGAAGUUAGGUGUUGAUAAGGUGAGCCGCUGGUACUGUACCGAGUGCCAGCACCGCAUCCGCAUUUUGGCUCACCAGACUCUGCGCAGCCUGGGCUACGACGAUGUUCCGGAUGAGGAGGCGGAGUUUGAGCGUACCAUAGAACUCAUCAAGGAGAAGACAAACUUGUCUGGAGACGCAAUCGAGAAGAUGAGGGGUCGCCUUAGAUUAGCAGGAAGUGGUGCGCGUGCCUCUGGUAUGCUCAGGGCGAUGGUGGAGGGUCUUCCUUAG